AUGAAUUCUUCGCCCGCCGUGUUGAUCGUUGGAGCCGGUGCAGCGGGCAUUGCAGCAGCAACGCGACUACUUGAACACGGAUUCUACAAUCUUACCAUCCUGGAGGGCGAGAAUCGCAUCGGAGGCCGCAUCCAUUCUGUACGGCACGGGAACAACAUGCUCGACUAUGGUGCCCAAUGGGUACAUGGUAAGGAUAAUAAUUUCAUCUACGAUAUGGCCAACGAGUACGGACUGGUCGAAAUUGAGCCACACAAGGAGAACGACCUCUACUACCGUUCGAACGGUGAGCCCGUGCCGAAACACUUGUCAGACCGGAUGAUGAACACCCUGCACAAACUGCUCGAUGCAAACGUCGAAGCGUUGAAGAGCUUUUCGGGAUCUCUGGGAGAGUUCUAUGACAUGGUAUUCCAGGAUGCAUUACGGGCCGGAAAGUUCGCUGGAAUAGAUCGACGGACUUGUUAUCAGCUGUAUGAUUUUUUCAUCAAGUACGAAAACACUUACAAUGCCACCGACACCCUCCACGAAAUAUCCGGUGCUGGAUUGCUGGAGUUUGAAGACAACCAGGACGAGUACCUUAUCAACUGGAGGAAUCGUGGAUUUCACACGCUCCUUGACUUACUAAUGAAAAAACUACCCGAACAGAACGGUGCCAACCCGAUUCCGGUUGAAGAUUACAUUCGGUUCAAUCAUACCGUCAACUCGAUCCGAUGGAACACCAAUCUGGAUCGGGAGUCUGUUACGAUCGGCUGUGCCAAUGGAGCAACGUUUACGGCUCGCCAUCUCAUCGUAACCGUGUCCCUGGGAGUGUUACAGGAAAUGCACCAUCGCUGGUUCGACCCGCCGCUACCCCUGGCCAAACGGAAUGCCAUCGAGGGUCUCUACAUCGGCACGAUCGGUAAAAUGUUUCUCGAGUUUGAUGAGCCCUUCUGGCCAACGGACGGGACUUGGCAUGGAUUCGGCCUGCUGUGGGAGAAAGACGAUCUCGAUCAGAUCGCAUCGGACCGGCGCUGGCUGACGGGGGUCUGCAGUUUCUUUGUUCCGGCACACACAGAACGCCUGCUGGUGGCAUGGGUUUUCGGAGAUGCAGCGCGCACUAUGGAAUCGCUACCGGAAGCGGACGUCAUACACGGAUUGAUGUACUUGCUGCGUAAAUUUAUUCCCCCCACGUUCGGACGACUACCGGCCGUCCCACGAUGGUUUUCACGCACGCGAUGGCACAACAAUCCACACUUUCGUGGCGCUUAUAGCAGCCGGUCGCUAAAAUCGGACUUGAUGAAUGCUAAGGCAGCCGAUCUGGCCACACCGUUGCUGACGGGGGAAGGUUCGCGUGCUCUACCAAUCGUUCAGUUUGCCGGUGAAGCUUCGCAUCCUGAGCUUUACUCGACCGUCCAGGGAGCCGUCGGAAGCGGGUGGCGCGAGGCAAACCGUUUGAUCACCGCGUACCGGACCAGUACUCUGCCAAAGAAAGCAAAACUAUGA